UCAGUGGGUUAUUGAAGCCUGCAUCGGAAUCGAGAAGUUGAAAGUUCUGCUGAUUCGGAACGUAGAGUUUCCUCGAUGUGAAGAACGUUUCAGGCCGACGCAAUAAAUCUGUCGAAUCAAAUCCCACGUUCUGAAAGCAUGACCUGCCAGAAUCGAUUGAUGGUGAUGAAGUCUUGCAGUCUUGCAUUUAUCUGCAGUUUGGGAGGAUUCAUCGAACCGGAUUAGUCCUGGAUUGUAGAUGGGAACUUUUGAGUUCCAUGAAGUUGAUUCAUCAUCUUCAAGCCAACAAAUGAUCUCCGAUCGUAGGCCCAAUAUUACAGAGAGGGUUUCUGGUCAUAGCGAAGUUCUUGAAGUUGAUGAAAAUAGAAACCCCUCCCAUUCUACAUGGACUGGGAUGUCUCAUCAUCUGUCACGAACACCAAGUUUGAAUGGUAUCAUGGAAGGGGACUGUGUUCAGCUUGAUAGUGUCUAAUGUGCGAUUAUGUCUAUCGAUAUAGCUCGUCAAACGUAUUGUAAAAGGAGCUUAAUAAAUUCAUGACCUUAGAAAACAUGGGUGUGUCACAUUCUACGCAGAUAGCCCAGGAUAGAUAUCGAUUGUUCAAAUCGAGAAACGUUUUAAAUCACUCGGUACGCCGAUGAUUGCUUUCAGGUGGCUCAGAUACACUUACUGGUUCUUUAGAGGUUCGUCGGCAGACAUGAUGGUGAUUCUCGUUCGAAACCGAUAAAGAUCUUCCUCCGACAUUAGCUUUACCUCCGCAAUGACCCUGGAAUUUUUUUUCUAUCAUCUUCUUGUAUGCCUUCAAGAUAUCCAGAAGAAAAUUCU